AUGGCUGCAAGGAUAAAGUCUUACUUUCUGGCACCCAACUGGGAUUACCAGCGAGAUGGACCGCUGGCCUUGGGCAACAUCAUCAGCGACCCCACCGACCCGGUCUUCACGAGACUCUCGGGAUUUGACGCGGCGGCCAACGUCGAGAUCUACCACAACGCCCCGGAGGCAUGGUCGCACGUCGAAUCCGAGAUGCGGGCCGGCCGACUCGGACUGUUUGCGCGCUUCGCCGAGAUCUGCGGCCUGGGUGCCGCCGCCGAGGUCUCGCACGCCAGUCACCAGCGCCGCGGAUACGACAUGGAGAGCAUCCAGACCUCGUACUUCGUCCCGACCGCCGAGUACCUGCUCCAGCGGCUGCGCGACCCGCACGUGCGCCUGUGGCUCGAGGCCCGCGGCCUCUUCCAGUCCAGAUCUCUCUACCUGAUCACCGGGGUGAAGAUCGCCCGCGGGCUCGUGCGGUACGACACGACCGCCAAAAAAGGGGGUGCGCAGGGCGAGGUCGACGUCGACACCACCCCGAUCGGGGUCCCCGUCCACGUCGGCGUGAACGGGGAAUAUGUCUCUGGCGCGUCGGCCGCCACUUUCGCCCGGUCGACCACCGAGGUCGUGUUUGGGUACCAGCUGCGCAAGAUCACAGAGAAGGGAACCGCUGGCGUGAAGAACGAUCCGUUCAAUCGUGGCGCGUUUCUCAGCAACGACGACCCAGUCGCGGGGAAGGGAGGUCUGGACUUGUCAAAGUUCGAACUCGACGAUCACGACGCCACUACCGACGAUCUGGCUGACCUCGAAGAACCCUCGGCGCGGGCCUACAAUACCACAGACACUAUCGGGGACGAGGAAUGCAACGUCGUGGUUGUCGUUGAACCGCCGCAGGAGACCAAUGAGUGA